AUCACUCAUCCGCUCUUCAUCUCCCCCGUUUCCACCAUUCCCCACCCCCAAAUACGAGCCAAGCGUAAUCUCUCUUUCUCUCUCUCUCUCUCACACACACACACACUCUUUCUCUCUCUUGUGGCAUCUUCUUCUAUUAUUUCAGGACAUUCAUGUGUUCUCCGUCUAUCUAUAAUGCUGCUAAUGCUUCUUUCGGACCCACUCUCACGUAUGCCAAGCAUUGUGUACGCUGCGAACGAGGGAUGGCACUGAAAAAGUUUCGAAUACUUUAUCCAACGAAUGCAUUUCGAGCGUCUACUCUAACUUGUUCCUCCUUAAGAGAGUAUAUUGGAGGCCAGUUGGAGCGUAGAGCGGACGACAAGUUACUUUAUACUAGUAAUAGCUUGUUGAGUGCAAAAUUGGAGCCGGUUAUGCAAGCACAAGAAGACCAACAAGAUCUAUCACUUGAUGUAGAAAACGGUUCUCGUUCUUGCUAUGUGGCUGAUAGUGGUUAUGAUUCGGGCCAUUCGGCAAAAGCGAGUAUCGGUAUGUCGAAGAAGGAAAUAGAGAGGAGGCGUAAAAUUGGAAGAGCGAACAAAGGCAAGGUUCCUUGGAACAAAGGGCGGAAACACAGUGAAGAGACUCGAGAGCGCAUCAAGCGAAGAACUAGAGAAGCCUUGAGUAACCCCAAGAUUAGGAAGAAGAUGUUUGGAUCCCCUCGCUCUCACAGUGAUGAAAGUAAGGCAAAGAUAAGUUCCGCCUUAAGAAGUAUUUGGGAAGAGCGCCUGAAGCACAGGAGGUUGCAAGAGACUUGCUAUCUGAUGUGGCAGAGAAGUAUAGCAGAAGCAGCAAAAGAAGGUGGUCAUGGCCAACAGCAAUUGGAUUGGGACAGCUUUCAUAAAAUUAAGGCUGGCUCGGUAUCUCAACAACUUCAAUGGAAAGCUGAUAAAGGAAGUGCAAAGCAGAUUGCAAAGCUAAGAGCAGAGAUUGUUGCGAGGGUUAGAGCAGAAAAAGCUGCAAGGCUUGCCGAUCAGAUGGAUGAUAAAGAAGACAACACAAAUGCUAAAGUUGUGGAGGCAUUGCCGCAGAAAAAAUCAGAGGGAGAGAGAAAGAACGUCGCCCUAAGAAAGAUCUUAAAGCUUAAGGAGCGGCUUAGCAAGUUCCACCACCGCAAAAAGCAACUGGAGAAGUUGAUCAGUUCUAAGAAGAAAAUGGCAAUAAGCCCUAAGCGGGUGAUCGAGGAGCGAGAUGUAGAGAUUAUCAAGUCCGAGAAACCACAAGCAAGAGUUUCACUUGCCGAUCAAAUUCAAGCUGCGAAGAUCGUAAAAGCAAAGCUCGCUUCAGUGAGCAUUCCAGCACUUGCAUCUUCUAACAUUCCCUUGGAGGAGAAUUCAUCAGGCUUUUAACUUCUCUCUCAAUUUCGAAAAUGAUCAAAGCUUUACUGCUCUUCAGUUUACCAGACGUUGGUCGGGAAAAGUCUGAUUAACAGGUUCCUUUGUUAAUUUGAUUUGUUGUGUUGAUGUUGCUAUAUUUAGUUCCACUGUUUUAUCUUUCAUU